CUUGGCUCUCAACUUUGCAAGUUACGCAUCUCCGUCGGAAGGCUUUCUAUCAGGAUGAUUGCGCCCCGGAAGCGACGGAAAGUCUCUUCAGCCUGUCAAAGAUGUCGCCAACGAAAACUCGGUUGCGACACAGACAGACCGUGUCAAUUAUGUACUCGUGCAGGCGUCGAGUGCGUUCCUCGAAAUGUCGGGAGGGUAGAUACAGUAACGCCAGCCGAAAGGGUUGGCGACUUCAAUGGUAAUGAUCGGACCAAUCACCUUGACUCCGAGGAUACAGUCAUCGCCCCGGAGUCAAAUAUCAUAAACUUAACCACAAUGAUGUUUGUCGAGACAGGCUCAUACCAGUACCUGGAACACGACACAUCUGCCUUGCCCGGUGGUGCUAAGCCAAUGAUUCUCAAUCGCCCAUCUCCCGGAAGCUGGCGAGACCUGAUUGGAGUACAGCUGCCUCCAGAUGAUGUACUAGACGGCAUUGUGAGAAGCUUUUUUCUUUCUGUUGACUGGUUCAUGAUGGUUUUUCAUGAAGAAUCGUUUAAACGCAGAUAUAAAGAGUUCCUCCAUCAACAAUCAACACACGAUGACAGCGACUUUCUUUGGAUAUGUGUGCUGGUAAUAGCACUUGGAGCUCACUACUUGGCAUUGGCACCGUCUCCCAACCAAAAUGAUGUCAACUAUCGGCAGCUUUCCAAAGACCUUUUAGAGAUUAUUGAAACCCGUUUCCUACAAAUCAUCAGCUGCUCAACAUUGGAGACAGUUCAAAUAUGCAUUUUACUUGGAAGCUUUCUCUUAUUCAAUGGUCGGCCCAAUGCAGGAUUAGGCAUAUCAGGCAGCGGAGUUAAGAUUGCCCAAGUCAUUGGCUUACACCGCGAAAACCUAUGGAAAGAAAUUUCUUCAGCUGAGCGAGAAGAGAGGCGACGGACUUGGUGGGCAUUGGAGGUAUUUGAUAAAUACGCAGCUAUUGCCUUCGGUCGGCCAUGCAUCAUUGACGACUCUGAUUGCGAUGUCGGCAUGGUGUCUGAUAUCCAGUUAGGCCAGCAGACAAAUGCAGAAAAUUCCCUACUAGUGUAUCACCAACGGAAAUUCCGACUUUAUAGAAUCAUGGGACUGUUCCUUGGACGACGGAGGCAACAAAAACGAAUUGAAACAAUCAAUACCAUUCAUCAACAGCUACUCCAAUGGCGGAAGAAUCUGCCGGAAAGUCUUCAGUUACAAAACUAUGAUCAGGGUUCAGAACAUAUAUCUCUACUCCAGAUGCAAGCGCUAAACCUUCAACUCACAUACGAUAAUUUGCAAAUUAUUCUCCACCGCACUGCAGCUUUUCAAUACAAUGAUAAAGAACGCAAGGUUAGGUCAUGCAGCACAAUAAACAACCCCUCUCUCCAGCAGCUCCUCGAUUCUGCUAUGGAUAUAUCCGAGCUAUAUAAAUAUUCAUCCACUUUGCAUGCUUCUAGACGAACACACGCCGAUAUGCAUAUUGGAAUGACCCUUUUUACUGCGGGAGUGGUACUUUGCGCUAUAUGCCUCUCACAACCAAUGACGACAAUGGGCUCUAGGGCGAAAACAGGAGUUAUGCAUAUUAUUCGCAUGUGCCGCAACGCCGCCUCUGCGAAACAGCAUCUUAUUUCCACACAGAGUCUCUCAAUUUUGGACAGCCUUGUUACUGUUAUACUACGGCUGGAAAAUGACUUGAUAACUGGAAAGUCUAACCAUCCCGUUCUAAUAAACUCCGAUCAACGUAGAUCUUCUAUGCCGAUUCAAAACAUAACAUCGUCUGCUGAGGCAGUGACCCCCAAAGGCGAUGCAGCAAAUUUGCGACACAGUUCUUCUGGCGGUCAGGGUUUACUACAGCCAAUUCGGGAAGUUUUAGGUCAUCAUAUGUCUCAAUUAACGCCUUUAUCGUCCGCGUCUCGAGAUACCGCGGAAGAUCAUGGAAAUCCUGAAGGGAUAUUGCAACAACCAGCCUUGGAAACAGCCAACACAUUCGACUGGGACGGAGAUUUGUCAUUCUUAGUAGAUUCAGAUCUUCUGGAUGCAAGUCAACUUUGGCUGUGGGCGGAUAACCUAAAUUUUGAUUCAUUGAAUGAUAUUCGCAAUCAGUAGUCUUAGUAGUGCUUGCCCUGGUGGUUUCCCGGAUACUAUUUGAUUUGGGGCCGAUCGUUCAAUGAUUUCUAGUAGUGGGUGUUUUCUGUGGAUAACGUAAUGAUAGAGCUGAGGGGUGCUAAACUUCCUUGUGUGGGAGUUUGUGAGUUGAGUCUUGGUAGGCAAAUGUAAAGUUUGGGGUAAAGAUGGAGAGUUGUAAAGAUGGGCGAAUGGGCUAGGUAGGUAGUUAGCAUUGAAGAAGACACGCAAGGCCAUGAUUCCAUGAAUCCGUAGCUAAUAGGGAAGAAUUAAAAUGGUUGCGCGAUGAGAGUUUGGCAGAAGAAGUAACCGAGGUUUCUUACCAAUAUAACGGAGGUUCCUACCAAC